AUGGAGCUGAUGUGGCUGUAUUGCACGUGUCAGUACAUCCUCUUCAUCGGAGUGAUCGUCUGCAGCGGCCGCUUGUGUCUGAGGGUGCGUAGAAGCAGCGUCCACCAGGGCUUCCAAAUCUCCAAGCCGUGGUCCAUCUCAAGCUGUCUGUGCCUCACCCUGGGUUUGGUUGGUGCUUUAGGUGGCGCUGUGGAGCUCCCCAUCACUGUUAUUCUAAACCAAAGAAAUCCCACAUGUUUGUACACAUGCAUCACGCUUGUCUGCGGACCCCUGCUCAUUCGCCACUUCACAAUGUUCCUGGUGAUGCUCCUGUCUCUGGACACCCAUCUACUGCACCUUCUGGCUCACAGAUACCAGGCGGUGGUGACCCGACGGCGUGCCCUGUGUGUGGUGCUGCUUUGCUGGGUUGCCUCCAUCUUGUCUUCCUUCGCCCAGUUCAUUGGUUCGGACGUCCUUCAUGCCUGGCAGGGCCGUGGAGAAGGACAUGGGGGAUCGGGGGACGCUGGGACCGCCGGUCUUGGACUUGGGGAGAAUUUGACUUCCUCCUUACCAGCUACACCAUAUCCAAAGUACUAUAAAGAUCUCAAGGUCAUCGGAAAGUUCUUACCUUAUGGAGGCUUCCUGUCCAAGUUCUACGUUGAAGACAUGGGCAAUUUCACCUACGCUCAAAUCCAUAGCAGCCAUUGGGGGACACUUGUCCCGUCCUGGGUGCACGGAGCGGCAGCCUUCCUCUUCCAGGUGUACAGCUUAGUGCCGCUAGUUCUGUUCACUCCUCCAAAGAAAGAAGGAAGCAGGCCAACACAGGCUUUCUUUCUCUCGACGGGUCCCCACCUCCACCUGCCUCCUGCUUCAGUCGAUUCGACCGGAGGCAAGACGCUGCACAUGGAGCUGUGUGGAGCGAUGCAGGCGGCGCAGUGGGCCACAGCCAAAAACGCCCUCAAAGCUAAAGUCUGUCCCGAUGUGUGA